UUGGGGUCCCGGAUGCGGCUCCCAGCGGCGGCCCUGCGGCCUGGGCGUCACGUGUGGCUGUGCGCUGGGUGCCGCCGGGAAAGCCGCGAGGUGUCGUUGGGAGGGCGCCGGUCUGUGUGCUUCCGGGUAGAUGUAGCGACUGUGUCCGGGAGUCGGGGCUCCCCGGAACCGGUGCCCGGCGGACCCGCGCGGGCUCGGGCGGAGGCCGAGGGCCGAGCCGAGAGCAGCCCGGCUCCGCGGGGCGCCGAUGGCCGCGCGCUUCCCGGGCAGGGCUCUCGCCGCCGUGUCUCUCUCAGUGGCCCUGGCCUCGGUGACUGUCGGGUCCUCCGGCUGCCGCGGCGUCCCGGCGCACAGAAACUCAUUUUCAUCCCAGUGGUUUCACUGUAACUCUAACAUCAUGUCCAGUUCUAACGGUGCCAAAGAGAAUUCUCACAACAAGGCUCGGACAUCGCCUUACCCAGGUUCCAAAGUUGAACGAAGCCAGGUUCCUAAUGAGAAAGUGGGCUGGCUCGUUGAGUGGCAAGACUAUAACCCUGUGGAGUAUACUGCCCUCUCUGUCUUGGCUGGACCCAGAUGGGCGGAUCCUCAAAUCAGUGAAAGUAACUUUUCUCCCAAGUUUAACGAGAAGGAUGGGCAUGUGGAGAGAAAGAGCCAGAAUGGCCUGUACGAAAUUGAAAAUGGAAGACCCAGAAAUCCUGCAGGACGGACAGGACUGGUUGGCCGGGGACUUUUGGGGAGGUGGGGCCCAAAUCAUGCUGCAGAUCCCAUUAUAACCAGGUGGAAGAGGGACAGCAGUGGAAAUAAAAUCACCCACCCUGUUUCUGGGAAGCACAUCUUACAGUUUGUUGCAAUAAAAAGGAGAGACUGUGGAGAGUGGGCCAUCCCAGGGGGGAUGGUGGAUCCGGGAGAGAAGAUUAGUGCCACACUGAAAAGAGAAUUUGGUGAGGAAGCUCUCAACUCCUUACAGAAGUCCAGCGCUGAAAAGAGAAAACUGGAGGAACAGUUACACAAACUCUUCAGCCAAGAGCAUCUAGUGAUAUAUAAGGGAUAUGUUGAUGAUCCUCGAAACACUGACAAUGCAUGGAUGGAGACAGAAGCUGUGAAUUACCAUGAUGAGACAGGUGAGAUCAUGGACAAUCUUGCCCUGGAAGCCGGGGACGAUGCUGGCAAAGUGAAAUGGGUGGACAUCAGCGACAAGCUGAAGCUGUACGCGAGCCACGCGCAGUUCAUUCGCCUCGUGGCAGAGAAGCGAGAUGCACACUGGAGCGAGGACGCGGAAGCCGACCGCCACGGGCCCUAGGCUGCGCUGCAGGCCUGAGAGGCCGUCAGGAGCGUGUCCUGAGGAGAAGAGUUACAGCUCGUGUGGGGACAGCACUGGCGAGGUUACCCAGAGACCAUUUCAGUCACAUUCAGAAUGUUUAUAUCCAGGAGGUUCAGAAUAAAAUGAGUGAAUGUGAUAAAAUUUCCUCUUUCUGGCCAAAA